AUGUCUCUGGGUCCUUUCGAGAAGAUACUUCGGGGAUCCGAAGAAGAUCGCGGAAAUCUUAUUAUCUUCACAUCUCCAGACCAUAAAACUGAUGUUCGUCUGAUGGUUUUCAAACAAGAGUUUCAUGUGCACUCUCAUAUCUUGAAGAAAGGAUCAAAUUACUUCCGCAAAUUUCUCGAUUCGCCUGAUAAGCAGAAUAUACCCAUAUCAGACUCGGAUCUAUUCCGAUACGAUUACAACACAGUUGUUGAUGAAGAUGGCACUUGGGGUUUGGUGACUGCUCCGUUGUUAACUGAAGAAAUGGUCUCCCGAGCAGAGCAUAUAGGAGAAAUUGAGGGCUUUCGACAGCUCCAUUGCGCCAUGUAUUCAAGCCCCUAUACCAUCAGGGAUAUUGAAGAACUAUCAACACUUACUCGCAUUGCAGACUUCUACUGCGCUCUCCCGAUAAUUUCGGCCACCCUCACCAGCGCGUUUAUUGAUAGCCCUAUAUUUUCAAAACGACAAGUUGAAGAGCCAAUUGCCUGCACAAAGGAUCAGCUAGCGGAGGACUGUGACUCUAUGAUAUUCAUCGCGCAGAAGCUUAGAAAUUCAGUUCUAUUCCGCGAGUGUCUAAUUCACAUUGUAGCCAAUUGGAAGGAUACGAAAAUCUCAAAGCUCUCUCAACUUUAUGAAUUGACCAUCAGGUCGCAACAUGCGCUUUGGGUCGCGGCCAUAGUGACACAACUUUCGCCAGGUGUACCUGAACUAACAAAAGUACUGGCAGACGCUGAGAAAGACCAUACCUCUUUUGAACGUGAAUCAAAAAAGGCAGUUACAUUCUGGAAAAACUUAAGCGCAAAAUUGGCUCAAGUGGGCGGCGCUGCAUGUUUUCUUCAGUCUAAACUGGAGCCGUUGUUGGCCAACAAUCUUGUAUUGGACCGUACCAGUGACGGACCUGGCGAAGGCUGUUAUAAGCAUUGCUUUCUCUGCACCGAGAUCGCCGACAAUGAAUUACCUUGGGAUACCACGGCUGUUGACUGGUAA